AUGACUCUCAAGUAUCUCGUUACAGGAGCAACCGGUGGCCUUGGCUCACAGGUACUCUCUCACCUCCUCGCAAAUGUCCCCGGGUCAGAAGUCGCAGCAGCAUCCUCAAAAGAGGCGAACCGCAAACAAUUCGAAGGCCGGGGGAUCGCCUUUCGGGUGGUCAACUAUGAGGACCCUCAAUCGCUACAGUCUGCAUUUGAAGACGUGGAUAAUCUGCUCUUUGUGAGCACUGAUACCUUUGAUGUUGAGAAACGUCGCAAGCAGCACCAGAACUUUGUGGAUGCAGCGAAGAAGAUGAAUCAGGUGUGGUAUACAUCUCUCGCAUUUGGCGGAUAUGGCUCAGAUUCCAAGGCGAAUGUCCAACAAGCCCAUCUGCUGACAGAAGAGAUGAUGAGACAGGCUGAUAUCAACUUCACGUCCAUCCGCGAGGGCUUAUACACCGACGCCUUCCCAGUGUUUCUGGGUUGGUAUCCCAGCACAUCAACCGUCUACCUCCCAUCCGAUGGACCAGUAGCAUUCACCCUGCGAGCAGAGCUAGGCGAAGCCACAGCACGCCUGAUGAUGCGCGGAGGACAUGACAAGGAGAUUGUACUUCUCACCGCACAACAGACCAUCACAUUCUCUGGAAUUGUGGAUUUGAUCAACGAGACGACCGGGCGACAGGUUCAAUUCAAGCUUGUUUCUCCGGACGAAUUUGUCACGCUGAAAGCAGCGACCGACGAAGGAGGGAAAUCGGAGGGUUUCUUCCGGGCAAUGACAUCUUGGUAUGAUGCGAUUUCGAAGGGGGAGACGAGUACAAUCGAUCCUCUGAUGGCGGACUUGCUAGGACGGGAUCCUGUGUCGCCGCGAGAUGCCAUUCGGGAUCUGUUGAAGGACCAGGACUAUGAGUGGCAUCAGAACUAUGUCAAUCGGGGUUAG